CCACUAAUUGCAAUUCGACCUCCAUUAUAGAAGCCCUAAAAGAGAGCAGAAAAACCAAGAAGCAAAGUAGCUGAGAGAGAAGCAAGGGAGAGAAACCAUGGCCGGAGUUGGACCGAUUUCACAGGAUUGGGAACCCGUUGUCAUUAGGAAGAAGGCUCCCAACGCCGCAGCCAAGAAGGACGAGAAAGCUGUCAACGCCGCACGACGGGCCGGUGCCGAUAUCGAAACCAUCAAGAAAUCUACUGCAGGAACAAAUAAAGCUGCUUCCAGUAGUACUUCUUUGAACACAAGGAAGCUGGAUGAAGAAACAGAGAACCUUGCUCAUGGACGUGUACCAACUGAGCUGAGGAAAGCUAUUAUGCAAGCUCGGACGGAAAAGAAGCUCACCCAGUCACAGCUUGCUCAACUGAUCAAUGAGAAGCCUCAAGUGAUCCAGGAGUAUGAAUGCGGAAAAGCUAUCCCAAAUCAACAGAUUAUUACCAAACUGGAGAGAGCUCUUGGAGCGAAACUGCGUGGAAAGAAGUGAACAAAGCCUUAAACAACAGAGAAAGUUUGGUCUGUAUUGUGGUUUAUUUAAACUUCCACCUAAUGUGUUAAGCCAGAAUGUGUAGUUAUCUUCCAUAGCCAAGUAUGGUUGUGUGUUCUUUCUGUUUUGUAUGAAAUGCUCCUUUGUGUGAUGACUUGAUCCUCCUCAGUUACAAAUAAAUAAGUAUCGAACUUCGCUCCA